GUGACUCCAGCUCUCCCAGAAGAGAUAUAUGUCCACAUCUUCUCAUAUAUUGACCCAGCGGACCUGUGGCUAUCAACACGCCUCGCUUCCAAGACCUUCAACCGCAUCAUCGAAUCACAUCUGCAACUCUCCAUCUUGCCCUUUUUCCAAAUCAGCAUCAGCUAUAAUCUCGGGGGUUCGCGUUGGUACGAUGUGCGAACCCGAGUAUUUCUGUCCUACAAUGCCCUCGACCAGUCCAGGCCGCAGUACGCCCUCUUUGACAAGUUCGAAAUCCACCCCGAGCCGUAUCAUGGACGAGCGUUGGAGAAGUGGAAACGCAUCGCAGAGGAAGGAGUGGAUCCCGAAACGAAAUGGAUGGUGCAACUACGAAUGGGGAAUCCGAGGCUUUGCGAUAUGCAGAAUGUGAAGUUGUCGCGUACGAUUUUAUCUGCAGAAGGUGCGCUCUGUGAUUGGAAAGAAUUGUUCUCUGCAUAUUUUCGU